GACAGUUACAACAAGUUUGUAUGCAUAAAUAAACGAACUGGGUUGUUAUGGGCUUGAGUCAUAUCUCUAAAAACUGGAUGUGACCCUGUGACCUCUGGUUGCCAGGGAGAGUGCGGUGGGGCCAUGGCUACUGGGGCUACCGUUGGGGAGAGCCAACUCCAGAGGAUUAUCAGAGAUCUGCAUGAGGCUGUUGCAGAGCUUGCAAAGGAGUACAGGGAAAGUGGGGAGCCAAUCACAGAUGACAGUACCAACCUGCACAAAUUCUCCUACAAACUGGAGUACCUGCUCCAGUUUGACCAGAAGGAGAAAACUACAUUCCUUGGUACAAAGAAGGACUAUUGGGAGUACUUCCAUGACUGUCUGGCUAAAAUCAAGGGGGCCAAUGAUGGGAUCCGCUUUGUUAAAUCCAUCACCGAACUGAAGACAUCUCUGGGGAAGGGGCGAGCCUUUAUUCGCUAUUCUCUCGUGCAUCAGCGACUGGCCGACACGCUACAGCAGUGCCUGAUGAACCAGAGAGUCACCAGUGACUGGUACUAUGCAAGAAGCCCCUUCCUGAAGCCCCACCUUAGUGUUGACAUCAUCAGUCACCUGUAUGAGCUCAAUGAGGUCCAGUUUGAUGUGGCAUCCAGAGGACAUGAUCUUGAUGCCUCCUGGCCUACUUUUGCAAGGAGGACACUGGGAAGUGCAAACUCACCUGGCCACAUGUGGAGACCACCCAGUCGUAGUUCCAGCAUUAACAGUCUGGCUAGCACCUACUCCCAACAAGCAGCUGAGUUCCCCUCUAGCCCCGACUAUGGUCAGGGUCUGCUGAAUGACCUGAAUGAGUCCCUGCCUGCCUGCACCGAAGACGUCAGCACUGUGGAAGACCUCCGCCUAGAGCUGGACCAGUCAGAGCUGAAGCAGCGGGAACUCUUGGAUAAGGUGCAGCAGCUGGGUGAGGAGGCUGCUGAGCUCAGGGGCGUAGUCGUGGAGCUCCAGAGACAGCUGGACGUGUCACUUGCUGCCCAAGAGGAGCAGCGGAGUUUGCAAGGAGAACUGAAGGGUCUGAAAGGGAGAGAGGAGGCCCUGUCCAGAGAUGUGGAAGCACUCAGGGCGAGGGAGAGAGCCACGGAGGCUGAACAGCGCCUGCUCCAGGAAAAGCUGGCGGCUGCUGAGGGGAAGAACUUAGAGCUCAUAGCCAAGUUGGAUGGGGUUCUGAAUGAGAAGGGCCAGCAGGCAGCCAGCCACUUUGAUUCAGCACAAAAGAUACACGAGUUGCUGGACAGAUUGAAAGAGGCAGAGAGAGGGAAGAUGGAGGCUGUUGCCGAGGUAGAGGAGAAGAAGAGGCAGGCAGAAAGGAUAGAGGAAGAGCUGAGAGUCAAGGAGGCAGCGGCAAGAGAUGGCGAAACAAAACUCGGGGCAUUAGUUACAGCUGUGUCUGAGGAGAAGACCAAGUUGGAGGCAAAAGUGGAAGAACAGUGUAGUGCCCUUGACAAGCUGCAGGGGGCCUUGACACUGAGAGAGAAGGAGGCGAGCAACCUACAGAGGCAGCUGCAGGACCUCCAAACAUCUCUCGAGGAGAAAGAGAGGGAGGUGGAGGUGGUGAAGAGGAUGGCACAGGAAGAUAAAGAUGAAAUGCAGAAGAAUGUUGGCAGCUUAAAAGAGGCUUUAGAGGCAGAAGUCACUGCUCUUAAAGAGCAGGUUGAGAAGAAAGAAGCUGCGCUAACCUCCAACUGCGACACACUACAACAGCUAGAAGCCAAGAACCAAAGCCUCAACACAGAAAAGCAGAAACUGACAACUAGCCUUGCUGAGCUGGAGGGUAACAUUAAAGAACAGACCACAAAGAUAGAAGAUUACAAGACACAGUGCGCCAAUUUAAUGGAGCUGAACGAGAAGCUGCUGACCACGGUGAAGAGAAACGAGGAGCUGAAGAAGGAGAUGGCAGACAACAGAGCAGUGCUCGAAGCCGAAUUAGCAGCUUUAAGAGCCUCCGAGAAACAGCUUCGAGGUCAGCUUGAUGAUACCAAGAUGACAGUGGAUGAAAAGGAGAAACGUUUACGUGAGGAGAACCGCAAGUUGGAUGAGAGUCUGCAGCGAGCCACCAUGGCCGCAAAGCUCUCAGAAACUACGUCAAAGCGGCUUGAGCAGGAGAACCAGAGCCUGAGGGAGGAGCAGGACACUGUGAAAGCAGCUCUUAGCCGCAUGCAGGCAGACCUGAAGAGUGUUCACGGGCAGAUCGGAGAGCUGGAGAAGAAUUUAGGAGCUUCACGCAAGAAUGAAGCAACUCUUCAAGAACAGCUCCAAAACAAAGAGGCCCAGCUACAGGGUAAAGAGAAGAGCCUCACUGAGCUCCAGUCCAAGUUAAAAGCUCUGGAGGCCAGGGAGAGGGAGCUUGAGAUCGCCAAAGCUGAAGCAGAAGCAACCUGUGCUAGACAGACGGAGAUGAUUGAAAGGGUGACCUCUGAGAAGCAAGCAAUGGAGAAAUCUCAACUAGAGAGGAGUACUGUCCAAGCAAAGGAGAACCAAGAAGUGACAGGCAAACUGACUGUGGUUGAGGGCCAGCUGGAGGUGAGCAUGAAAGAAGUGUCCAGGCUCCAGGCAGAGAUCCUGGAUCUCAGGGUGCAGGUCAAGAGGUCUGAGGAGGAAAAGCUUAAAUCCCAAGCACAGCUGGAGGUGACGGAAGCCCAAAGAGAUGAGCUCAGGACUCUGACGGAGCAGCUUAAAGCUCAGGCAGAGGCACUGAACCAGAAGCAUGUAACAGAGCUCAUGGAGUGCAAAAAGAAAGAAGAGGCGCUGACUGAGCAGCGCGACAGAGAAGUAGCCGCCCAUGCUGAGCUGGCAAUCUCUGCUGCUGCUCUCCGAGAAGAGCUGUCCGCCCUGAAGGCAGAAAAUGCUAGGCUGGUCCUAGAGAACAGCGAGACGCGUGAGGGUCUGCACAGGGCAAACACAGAGAUGGCCGAGCUCGGCAUGACCAUCUGUAAGCUAAGCGCAGAGAAAGAAGAGGCCAGAGAGCAAUGGACAGGCAACGCUGCCAGGUUUGAAGAGCUGGAGAGAGAGGUGGAGCGACUGGAGGGGUGCAUGACAGAAGUGCAACUGGAGAAUAACAAACUAAGAGAGGAGCUGACACAGAAGGAGACACUUCUAGGGACUAUCGUGGAGCUGCAGGAGCAGCUGGAAAAGGCCAAGAACCAGCUGCAAAGCGUCAAGGACUCUGGCCGAGAGGAGAUGGAGGCUGUCAAGUUUCAGAUGAGCUCAGAGAGCAUGACUCAUCAGGCCCAGAUGAAGAGCAUGAAUGAACAGCUUGACAAGGUGAAAGCCCAGCUGCAGGAGGAGCUGAAGAAUGUAUCCAGCUUGCAGGCCAAAGUGUCUGAACUAGAGGCUGUGAAUGAAGAGUACUUGCAGCUAGCUGGUGAGAAAGAUGCUCACAUCACAAAGACAGAAGCAGCCGUUCGUGAGAGUGAGAGCGAGAUUCAGCAACUGAGAGGCGCAGUAAGCAGUGCUGAAGAAGCACACUUGGCUGUGCAAAAGAUGUGCGAGGAAUUGAAGCAGAAACUCAACACAACGGAUGCUGACAAGCAAAGCCAGUACCUGAAGAUGACAGCUGAGAUCGAUGACCUCAACAGAACUAAGACCAACCUUGAGGAGCGGCUCAUCGAGCUUAUCCGGGACAAAGAUGCUCUGUGGCAGAAGUCAGAUGCUCUGGAGUAUGAGCAGAAACUGCGAGCGGAGGAGCGUUGGUGGUUGGUGGAUAAAGAGGCCACUCACUGCCUCGGCUGCCAGGGUCAGUUCACCUGGUGGCUGCGCAGACAUCACUGCAGGCUUUGCGGUCGCAUCUUCUGCUACUACUGCAGCAACAACUUUGUGAUGACCAAGCACAGUGGGAAGAAGGAGCGCUGCUGCAGAGACUGCUACACCCAAAGCAGUGCUGUGAUAGAGAGGUUCACAGAGGCAGAGCUGAGUCCUUCAGACAUCCAGCCUCCUCCACCUGGAGUAGGACCUCAACCACCGCCUGAACCAGCCCCGUACAAACCCACCCCCAGGGUAACAGUCACGGACCCCAGCAACAGAUCUGAUGAUGGAGCUUUUGACAUCAUCACAGAAGAGGAAGUGAAUGGCGUCUACGACAGUGACGCCACCUCCCAGACCACAGGAGGCUCACUGGAGGGAGAACAAGACCGACGGCCUCCGGGAUCACUGGACGUAGGCACAGGAGAUGUGACCCCUGAUGACCCUGAAGAGCACGUCCCCACUGUCCAGGAUUCAGAGAUCAACCUUCUCAAAUCAGGAGAAGUCACGAUGGCUGUUCCUCUCAGCAUUGAUGAUAUUUCUCAGUUCGGUGACGGUUCCAGGGAACUCUUCAUCAAGUCCAGCUGUUACAGUGUGAUCACUGUUGUUGUGAGUGACUGCGGGCCAACCAUCAGCUGGAUGUUUUCCUCAGAGCCCAAAAGCAUCUCUUUCAGUGUAGUUUACCAGGAGUCCGCUGACACUCAGGUGGAACAGUCAAAGGUCCUGAUUCCUCUGACUCGCUGCAAUUCCCAUAAAGAGACAAUUCAGGGGCAGCUAAAAGUCCGUCACCCUGGCCUCUACACGCUCAUCUUUGACAACUCUUUCUCACGGUUUAUCUCCAAGAAAGUUCUCUACCAUCUCACCAUGGAGAAACCUGUAAUCUAUGAUGGAAGUGACUUCCCCUGAAGCUGCAUGACGCGUGCUUCCACAUCAUGAUGUCACUGUGGCUUUGGGGAGGUAAUUCAGUGACAGUUGUUAAUCAGUUUGGCUUUUACCCAAAGCCUGUUUUAUGCUUUCAGAAAUGUUUCUGUUUUAUUUAACUUUGUUGUGUUAAUGUUUUGAAGUGUGCUUAUGUUUUAACUGUAGCCCAAGUGAAGUUUGGUCCACAAAAUGAAAGGGUUUAGAAAGAGAAAUUGAAAGACAAAUGUUUAUGCAAGUUUUAUCAUGUUUUUUUUUUUCAUAAACCAAGUAAUAUGUGUACCUUUAGUUCAGCUAAGUUUAUAUUAGUAAGUUAUUCAUUUAGAGAAAUUGAGAAAUCUCUCAUUUCUUUCUGUAAUUUUUGUUGGUCUUAGAUUUGGUUUGGCCUCUCAUUUCUGAAACAUGCAGUUAUGUUAGGGGAUGCAGAACACUACCAGCAUGAAAUCUGACAUAAGACUGUUGUCAGACAAGAAAUAUUUAUAUGCAAAAGUUGUCUAUGAAGACCCAGGACAGAUUUUAAUAGUUUCCAAAAUCCUGGCCAGUUUACAAUGUUUCAAGCGUUGUGCAAUCUUUAAAAUCAAGUGGCCAAAUGAAACAGAAGGAGUGCAGAGAAGUGAUUAGCAUGUGGGUUGUUGAUUAAUUGAAUCAUCUGAACAUAUUUGCACUGGGCCAGUGCAGGAAGGAAACAAAGCAAUAACUAAUAACUAACUUGAGAAAAAACACAGAUUCUGCUCGACAACAAAGCAUAUGCACUUUGUGCAAAUCUCAGGAGUGGGACAUGAAACUGUCCUCCAGUGGUUGCAUGUCCUAAUUUUAUAUUUUGGGGAAAAAAAGAAAAAAAAGAGAUUAUAAAUAGAAGAAGUAAAACUGCCGUCUUACUUUCUGUAUAAGGAGACCUGCUCAUCAGCUUUCUCCAUCCAGUUUAUUGGAUCCAGUGAAGCCAAGUACCUGUGCUUACUGUACACAGGCCGACUUUGUGUCAUUACAGUGACAUUUACUUAAAAUAUAUUACUCACUGUCAGUUAAUGAGCUACUGUACCUUUAAAGUGCCUUUUAACUCUAAUUGCCAGGAAUUAGUUUUCUUUUGUAGCUGUAGCUGCUCUUUGAUAUCCACACAGAAAACUCUUUAUUAGAACUGUUCUUCAAAAACUUAAUUCCACUGACAUUUAAAUCACAAGAUAAUAUGCACAAUAUUAUGUAUUUGAGUUGUAACAGUUGCAAAGAUUUUUUCCGUUUGGUUUUCAUUUCAGUCUCUGCUGUCUUUUUGUCAUAUGUUUAGAUAACCCUCUGGCUUUUUUUGUACUCGUAGUGAUGAAAUGGGUUGGGAUAUUGUGUGCUGUUUAUUGUUGUUGUUGUUCUUUUUCUUUUGAAUCACAAAGCAAUAAGAAAAAAAAAGAGCUUGCUCACUUUUGGACACAACCUUACUCUCCUUAAUGAAGCAAGGGCUUAUCUCUAUGCUGCUUUUGUAGAGAUCUGUUUGUGUUUCACAGUCAGAUCUCUGUUAUAUUUUUGAUGGGUGUAAAUUGGUGCAAUUUGUAUGCAAAGCCUCAUAUUUUCUCUGCAGAGCUGCACUUUGUGAUAAUUAUUUUAUACUUUGUUGCAAACAAUAUGAAAUCUGUUGAGUUUACAUUUGUCAAAGAAUUCACACAGAGACAGAUUUUUCUACUUGCUGUUUUUGAAAGAUGAUUUUUUAGGGGAGUAGAAUGUGCACAAAUUUUCACUACAAGCACUUGGUGUAACUAGUAAUAGACAAGUCAAUCAGCCUGUAAACAUGGAUUAAACGAGAGUGAUGAUGCCCCUGACAUUUACUAAACUGUGUUUGAUUCUGUGUUUGAUAACAUGGAACAUCAGAACAACACAAUCAGCACAUUAUGUCUGUGUGCCACCUCACUCAUUCAGAAAUCUGACACCAACAAAGAUGUCAACACACAAACAAGUGUUCUUCCUUUCUAAUGAAUCCACCGUUCUAGAUUUACAUCUGAACGGGGAAAUACAGUCUACAGAGAAUAAAAGCUGUAGAAGUUCUCCCACUAUAAAUCAUGAGAUGUUGAAAACAACAUUGCAAAUAUCUUCUCUGUCAGUACCGACGUGAUUCAGUGACAAAAUAACAAACAACCAAAACUUAGCACAUCUCUAUAUUCUACCAUAGUUCAUAGUGUAACAUUAUUAGACAUCAUAUGUUGACAUAUCCACCCUGUGUAAUAGUCAUUGUGCUUUAUGUCAGAAUCUGCUGCAUUAUUGAUCUUAUCAGAGCUGAAGCUUUCAACCAUUUUGAAAAUCAAACAGAUUGUCUGGCAAAAAUGCAAAAUGUUUGAUGGCUCUAGUUUCUCAGAUGUGGAGAUUUGCCUUUAAUUGAAUAUCUUUGAGUUUUGGACUUGGAAAAAGAGGUUAUUUCAUGGGAAUUAUGAUGAAUGUGUUUAACAGGAGAAAGUUUAAUUGAGAAAAUAAUAAUCAAAACAAUUGUUACUUGAAGCUAGCUUCAAAUAUAGCCUGUGUUUGGUUUGUU